CAGGGUUCGGAGUGUUGAACUAGCGUGGGUUUAUCACAUCCAACUUAACUCAUCGCUAUGAGCCGCCCGUCCUCAGCGGGAGGUGGGGGCGGAGGACUCGGCGCUGGGAAGGCAGGAGGAAACAAACACGGAGGUUCAGGAGGAGCUGCUGCAGCAGCCGCCGCGGCAGCGGCAGCAGCAGCAGCCGCGGCCGCAGCAGCCGCUGCCGCUGGGGUAUCUGGCUCCGUAGCCGGUUCUGGCUCAGCUGUUCCAACAGCAGCUGUUGCGCUACCCGUUGCAGCGCUACCUGGACAAUCAGCAGAACUUACGGCGCUGUUUGAGUGCCCUGUGUGUUUUGACUAUGUUUUACCGCCGAUCUUACAAUGCCAGGCCGGGCAUUUAGUUUGUAAUCAAUGUCGCCAAAAGCUAAGCUGCUGCCCGACCUGUCGCGGCCCACUGACUCCGAGUAUAAGGAACUUGGCAAUGGAAAAAGUUGCGUCCACUCUACCCUUUCCUUGUAAGUAUGCGUCUGCUGGGUGUCUGCUGUCCCUCCACCACAGUGAGAAGCCGGAGCACGAGGAGGUGUGUGAGUACCGGCCAUACACCUGUCCGUGCCCGGGCGCCUCCUGCAAAUGGCAGGGCUCUCUGGAGGCGGUGAUGCCCCACCUCAUGCACGCCCACAAAUCCAUCACCACCCUCCAGGGCGAGGACAUCGUCUUCCUGGCCACCGACAUUAACCUGCCGGGCGCUGUGGACUGGGUCAUGAUGCAGUCGUGUUUCGGGCACCACUUCAUGCUGGUGCUGGAGAAGCAGGAGAAAUACGAGGGACACCAGCAGUUCUUCGCCAUCGUCCUCCUCAUCGGGACGCGCAAGCAGGCCGAGAACUUCGCCUACCGCCUGGAACUGAACGGGAACAGGCGGAGGCUCACCUGGGAGGCCACGCCCCGCUCCAUCCACGACGGCGUGGCGGCCGCCAUCAUGAACAGCGACUGUCUGGUUUUCGACACCUCCAUCGCCCACCUGUUCGCCGACAACGGCAACCUGGGCAUUAACGUCACCAUUUCCAUGUGUUGAGGGGACCCAGCGAGG